AUGUUUUCGCUUGCAGAUCCGUUGCCGUUGUUGUUCACCAUUGUACUUGUAUUCCUUUCAAGCCUUGAUGAUAUGAGUGGUUCCGUCAAAAGUAGGCGAGAUGUAAUUUCAGUGCGCCAUGCUGCUGUUACCACUGAUGAUCUCUGAUGUUCUAGAACUGGGAUAGAUGUUUUUCGUGAAGGUGGCAAUGUCGUUGAUGCAUCAGUAGCUGCUGUUCUUUGCUUAGGGGUUGUGAGUCUAGCAUCAAGUGGGCUUAGAGGCGGAGCCUUCAUGCUUAUUAGGCUAGCCAAUGGGGAAGCACAUGCCUUUGAUAUAAGAGAAACUACACCUUUAAUUGCUUCUGAGAAUAUGUAUGCUGGCAAUGAAACUCUGAAAGGUAAAGGCCCUCUCCCUGUAGCAAUUCCAAAGGAACUGGCAGGUCUUCAUGAAUCUUGGAAACAACAUGGAAGGCUUCCGUGUGAGACAUGCUGUAACAUGAAACUGGCAGAGACACUCAGUCAAAUUUCGAAGUUUGGUCCCAUAGCCUUCUAUAAUGGAUCGAUUGGAUCGAAAUUGGUUAGAGAUAUUCAAAAGCUUGGAGGAAUACUAACAAUGAAGGAUUUGCAAAAUUAUAAGGUUAAGUUGAGGAAGCCUGUAUCUGCUCACACAUUAGGGCUUAAAAUAUUGACUAUGCCUCCUCCUUCUGGAGGUCCUCCGAUGAUACUUAUGCUAAACAGUCUUUCACAAUAUGGAAAUGCUUCUGGAGUUUCUGCUUCUCUUUGGACUCAUCGGGAAACUGAAUCAUUGAAACAUGCUUUCGCCAUGAGGAUGAAUCUUGGUGACCCUGAGUUUGUAAAUGCGACUAGAGUUCUAGCCGAUAUGCUUUCUCCUGAGUUUGCUGAGGAGUUAAAGAAAAGUAUAUAUGAUAACAUGACUUUUGAUCCCAGCCAUUACGGUGGCAGGUGGAGGAAAAUCAAUGACCACGACACCAGUCAUUUGUCUGUCAUAGAUCCUCAGGGAAAUGCCAUCUCCAUGACUAGUACUGUGAAUGGAUACUUUGGUGCUAAUGUAUUGUCGUCGAGUACAGGGAUUGUCUUAAACAAUGAAAUGAACGACUUCUCUAUACUUGGAAAUGAUUCUACAGGUCUACCACCAGCACCACCCAAUUUUAUCAGGCCAGGAAAAAGGCCAUUAUCGUUCAUGACACCUGCUAUAAUCCUAAAGGAUGGCCAACUAAAAGCUGUCGUGGGUGCAAGUGGGGGAGCCUUGAUCAUUCCUGUGACUGCAGAGGUUCUCGUAAACCAUUUUGCAAGGGGAAUGGAUCCACUCUCUUCUGUCAUGGCUCCAAGGGUCUAUCAUCAGCUAUUACCUGAUGUGGUUCAUUAUGAGAACUGGACGUCCGUGACUGGCGAUCACUUUGAAGUUCCUGCUCAAACUAGGAGUCUUACAAAAGAAGGGCCAAGUCCUAGAGCCUCUCCUCCUGGGGCUAUUUGCCAGUUUACAGUUCAAGAUAUAAAGGCUUUGAAGGAUAAUGGAUGCAUUCUGGAGAUUGUGGCAGUGAGCGAUCCAAGAAAAGGUGGGGUUCCUGCUGGUUUCUAAAAGUGUGGACUGUUGCUAUGGAAGUGAAG